CUCUCGCUUUCCUCCGGCCCGCGAGACCCCCUCCCCUUCCGCCUCGCGGCGCUUCCUCGCGCUGCGAUCUUCUCUAUCCACCCCGAGACUGCGGGCCUUCCCCCCCCGCCCGCCAACGGCGGGUCCCCAGCUUCCCAAUCCCCUCCGCUUCCCGCGCUCUCCGGCGGGGGCCCAGCCCCGGCCUCCUCUCCCUCCCUUCCCCCUAAUUCCCCUUCCGGACGCUGCCAUCAUGUUGAAGCCUCAGCCGCCACAACAGACGUCCCAGCCCCAGCAGCCGCCCCCCGCGCAACAGGCCGUGGCCCGCCGGCCUCCCGGGGGCACCAGCCCUCCCAACGGUGGCCUCCCGGGUCCCCUGGCCGCCUCCUCGGCUCCCCCAGGACCUCCCGCUGCCGCUUCCCCCUGCCUGGGGCCUGCGUCUGCUGCCGGGAGCGGGCUCCGCCGGGGAGCCGAGGGCAUCUUGGCGCCGCAGCCGCCGUCACAGCAGCAGCAACACCAGGAGAGGCCAGGGGCAGCGGCCAUCGGCAGCGCCAGGGGACAAAGCACUGGGAAGGGACCCCCACAGUCACCGGUAUUUGAGGGUGUCUACAACAAUUCCAGAAUGCUGCAUUUCCUUACAGCUGUUGUGGGCUCCACUUGUGAUGUAAAGGUGAAGAAUGGUACCACCUAUGAAGGUAUCUUCAAGACUCUGAGCUCAAAGUUUGAACUGGCAGUAGACGCUGUGCACCGGAAAGCAUCUGAGCCAGUAGGUGGCCCUCGUCGGGAAGACAUUGUGGACACCAUGGUAUUUAAGCCAAGUGAUGUCAUGCUUGUCCAUUUCCGAAACGUUGACUUCAAUUAUGCCACUAAAGACAAGUUCACCGAUUCAGCCAUCGCCAUGAACUCGAAGGUGAACGGGGAACACAAAGAGAAGGUGCUUCAGCGCUGGGAGGGUGGUGACAGCAACAGUGAUGAUUACGACCUCGAGUCUGAUAUGUCCAAUGGAUGGGACCCCAAUGAAAUGUUCAAGUUCAAUGAGGAGAACUAUGGUGUAAAGACCACCUAUGAUAGCAGUCUCUCAUCUUACACGGUGCCCUUAGAGAAGGACAACUCAGAAGAGUUUCGUCAGCGGGAGCUGCGUGCAGCCCAGUUGGCUCGGGAGAUUGAAUCGAGCCCCCAGUACCGCCUGCGGAUUGCCAUGGAGAACGACGAUGGACGCACUGAAGAGGAGAAGCACAGUGCAGUCCAGCGGCAGGGUUCAGGACGGGAGAGCCCCAGUUUGGUGUCUAGGGAAGGAAAGUAUAUCCCUCUACCCCAACGAGUUCGGGAAGGUCCCCGGGGAGGAGUUCGAUGCAGUAGUUCUCGGGGCGGCCGACCUGGCCUUAGCUCUUUGCCACCCCGUGGCUCUCACCAUCUUGACAAUAGCAGCCCUGGCCCAGGUUCUGAGACACGUGGUAUUAAUGGAGGCCCUUCCCGCAUGUCCCCUAAGGCACAGAGGCCUGUGAGAGGUGCCAAGACUCUGUCUUCACCCAGCAGUAGGCCUUCUGGAGAAGCUUCUGUCCCACCUCCGCCUGCAGCUUUCCCUUUUCUUCCAGUGGGCCGGAUGUACCCCCCACGCUCUCCCAAGUCGGCUGCCCCUGCCCCAGUCUCAGCUUCCUGUCCUGAGCCUCCCAUUGGCUCGGCAGUACCAACCUCUUCAGCUUCCAUCCCUGUGACGUCAUCAGUUGUGGAUCCUGGAGUAGGUUCCAUCUCCCCAGCUUCUCCAAAGAUCUCACUGGCCCCCACGGAUGUAAAAGAACUCGUGGCCAAGGACCCUGGGAGAACUCUGGAAUCCCAGGAGCUGUCCCGGAUAUCUGGGAAAGUCUCUGGCCUUCAGAAUGAACAGAAACGCUUUCAACUGGAAGAACUGAGAAAGUUUGGGGCCCAGUUUAAGCUUCAGCCCAGUAGCUCGCCUGAGACCUGCCUGGAUCCUUUUCCUCCCCGGAUCUUAAAGGAGGAGGCCAAAGGGAAGGAGAAGGAAGUUGAUGGUCUAUUGACUUCAGAGCCCAUGGGGUCCCCGGUCUCCAAGACAGAGUCCUUAUUGGAUAAGGAGGACAAACCGCCCCUGCCACCAGCAGGAGGCACGGAGGGGCCAGAUCAGCUCCCACCACCUUGCCCAAGCCAAACUGGCAGCCCCCCAGUGGGCCUCAUCAAGGGAGAUGACAAGGAUGAGGGCCCUGUUGCCGAACAAGUGAAGAAAUCUACAUUGAAUCCUAAUGCCAAGGAGUUCAAUCCUGCAAAGCCUCUGCUGUCUGUGAAUAAAUCCACCAGUACCCCAACUUCUCCGGGGCCCCGGACUCAUUCUACUCCCUCCAUCCCGGUGCUGACAGCAGGCCAGAGUGGGCUGUACAGCCCCCAGUACAUUUCCUACAUACCUCAGAUCCACAUGGGACCAGCUGUUCAGGCACCUCAGAUGUAUCCAUAUCCUGUAUCCAACUCAGUGCCUGGACAGCAGGGCAAGUACCGGGGAGCAAAAGGCUCCCUGCCUCCCCAGCGCUCGGACCAACACCAGCCUGCCUCAGCCCCUCCAAUGAUGCAGGCUGCCGCUGCUGCUGGCCCACCCCUGGUGGCUGCUACACCUUAUUCUUCCUACAUCCCCUACAACCCACAGCAGUUCCCAGGCCAGCCCGCCAUGAUGCAGCCCAUGGCCCACUAUCCCUCACAGCCGGUGUUUGCCCCCAUGCUUCAAAGCAACCCACGUAUGCUGACUUCGGGGAGCCAUCCCCAGGCCAUUGUGUCGUCCUCCACCCCUCAGUACCCUUCAGCAGAGCAGCCCACCCCCCAGGCCCUUUAUGCCACUGUUCACCAGUCCUAUCCACACCAUGCCACGCAGCUCCAUGCCCACCAGCCGCAGCCGGCCACCACGCCUACGGGGAGCCAGCCACAGUCCCAGCAUGCGGCCCCCAGUCCUGUCCAGCACCAGGCAGGGCAGGCCCCACACCUGGGCAGUGGACAGCCACAGCAGAAUCUGUACCACCCAGGGGCCCUCACAGGCACGCCUCCUUCUCUGCCACCGGGACCUUCUGCCCAGUCCCCUCAGAGCAGCUUCCCCCAACCAGCUGCUGUGUAUGCCAUCCAUGCCCACCAGCAGCUGCCCCACGGCUUCACCAACAUGGCCCAUGUUACCCAGGCCCAUGUCCAAACUGGAAUCACAGCAGCCCCGCCCCCUCACCCUGGGGCUCCCCACCCGCCCCAGGUGAUGCUGCUGCACCCACCCCAGAGCCAUGGGGGACCCCCCCAAGGCGCAGUGCCCCAGAGUGGGGUGCCUGCACUCUCAGCUUCCACACCCUCACCCUACCCCUACAUCGGACACCCCCAAGGUGAGCAGCCUGGCCAGGCGCCUGGAUUUCCAGGAGGAGCCGAUGACAGGAUUCUAUGUAGGGUGGGCAGAAGCCACAGUCGCCGCCGCCAGGGGCUUGCUCCUGGCUCUGUCCUUUGCUUCCCUCCGUCCUCGCUCAGUUGUGAUCCAGCAGCCCCCCUCCCCACUGCCUCCCCAGCUCUCAGUGACCCCGACUGUCUCCUGACUUAGCCGAGCCCCAUGAGACACCUUGAGGAGGCCGCUCCUACCCACUCCCCCCACACCCCACACUGGACGGCAUUGGAUGGACAGCUGCUUGGGUUCUAAUGCUCCUGCUCUCUUCUCUUUCCCCUCCAACCAGUUCAAUCUCAUCCCUCCCAGCAGCUCCCCUUCCACCCCCCGGGGAACUGAAGAUUGUCCUGGCCGCGACCUGAGACCUCCAUGAGUGGAGGGAAGAGUGAUCUCUAUGUCUCUUCCCCCAGCAGCUCGGACCAGUCCCAGCUCCCCAACCCCCCCCUUUCCCCGGGGGAGCUGGGGAAUUCCUGCCAAGCACCUUGAAUGGGAGAGGCCUCAAAGUGGGUGGGCCAGGGUCCAGUGGGGGUGGGGAGGUUCCUGCUCUGCCCCUGCCCCAGCCCCACCCCAUCUUGCCCUCCCAUCCUCUAUCCCCCACUGGAGACGGAAGAUCUUUUAUUUUCUAUUAUUUAUAUGUCAGACUUGGGCCCCCUGUUCUUUCUUCCCCAUUAACUCGAGUGACCUGCGUGAGAGACAGAUGCCCCACAAGGAUGGUUGGACAAGGACUUUUACUUUUUAUUACAUAAAAAUAUUAAAAAAAAAAUUAAAAAAAUAAAAUUUUAAACUAACUUAA